AUUCAGCCUCGCAUGGCGGCUAUUCAUCCACUCUCCAGCUGCCUCAUUCUCUCUCUCUGCAUUCUCUCAGUAUCAGCAGAUGUAUUUCUGAGCAUAGAUUGCGGAUCUUCAACAAACUCAUACACCGACGAAAACCUAAUCGCAUGGACCGGCGACGGCGACGGCCGCUACAUAAGCGGCGGCGAAACCCACACCGUCCCCAAAAACAACUCCAUAUCCCAUGUACUCGACACCCUCAGAGCCUUCCCCACCGGAAAGAAGCACUGCUACUACAUCGACUCCAUCCGGCGAGGCCGCGUUCUGGUACGCGCCACCUUCUACUACGGCAACUACGACGGAAAAUCGUCGCCGCCCACCUUUGACCUUUUCUUCGACGGGAACCCGUGGGCCACCGUCGAAACCUCGAGCAGCGAGUAUUAUUACUACGAGGUGAUUUAUGUCAUGAAAAAGGACACCAUCAGUGUGUGCGUCGGCCGGAGAAACGACGGCGGGUUGCCGUUGAUUUCUGCUCUGGAGAUACGAGGUUUGGAGUCGUAUAUGUAUCAGUUUCUCGCCGAGGAUCGUCCUAUGUUUACGCUGAGAAGAGUCGCUUAUGGCACGAACGCGACUAUUAGAUCGUUCGACGACCCGUAUGACAGAAUAUGGACCGGCGAUGUAGGCGGCAGGGGGUCGACACAAGUAACGAGCACCGCCUUACUGAAUCCUAUAACAUUUUUAGACUCGCCUCCCCCUGCAGUUCUACGCCAUGCAGUUACUGCAGUUACUCCCAAUUCCACAUUGCAACUCUUCAUGGGAUUCCCCCCUUACAUAGCCACCGCCUACAUCAACUGGUUCUUCACCGAGGUGGCCGUUGUCCAACCGAACCAAACACGGAACUUCACACUUUUCAUGGGCAACCGUUCUUACUCGUCCCCUAUCGAACCUAUUUACGGAAACCUUACGCAGUUAUAUGUUAGCAACGUCACUGUUUCACCCAACACUACUUUUUCUCUCGUCCCAAAUGCGGGGUCCACACUUCCACCUCUCAUUAGUGCCUUGGAAGUGUAUCUCAUCGGAAAUGUUUUAACGGAGGGUACUAACGGAACUGACGUGGACGGGCUUUCUUUAUUACAAGACGCUUUCGGUGUGUUGAAAGGAUGGAGUGGGGACCCUUGUCUACCGGCGCCUUAUUCGUGGGAGUGGAUCAACUGUAGCAGUGACUCUACGCCGCCACGCGUAACUGCAUUGUUUCUCGGGAGUUUCGGUCUCUCGGGGGCGAUUCCGAAUAUUAGUUCGAUGGAUGCUCUUCAGAUAAUAGAUCUUCAUAACAACAGCUUGAAUGGCUCGAUUCCUGAUUCGCUAAGCUCGUUACCAAACCUUAAACAACUGAAUUUGGCUGAUAACAAAUUAAGUGGAUCUGUACCGUCGUCAUUGUCACAGAAAAAUGGACUGAAUUUAGUGGUGAGUGGCAAUCCGGACCUGUGUUUACCUGGUGCAAUUUGCCCUACUACAAAACCCGGUUCAUCCGGAAAUUCAUUGAUCAAUGGGAAGAUGAAAAACAACAUACUUGUAACGAUAAUUACAUCCUUGAUCAUCGUCUCGAUCAGCUGCACAAAAUGAAGGACAACAAGUAGCAUUGAAGAGCCUUAAAAUUAAGGGUAGUAAAAAACGGCCAGGGUUCGAUGAAGGAAAACCGGGCGAACAAGAUUGACAUGCUCGAGAUAUUUUAUAGACAUUUAUUUCCCCUAUUUUAGUUGCCAAAUACUGUAUAUUCACAAAUUCAUUAUGAAAGUACAAUCUCGGCUUCUUUUAUAUACAUCUUUGAUUAUGCGAAAA